ACAUUAUUAUCCCACCGGUAAACAAAUCGUUUAUCUCACGACAGGAGACAGUAACCCUAAUGUCGAACGGGCAUGAACCCAAGAAGAAGACAGUAGCACCAUUACGCGCCAAGAGUCAUCUGAAACACCCACAACCCUAGAUCUUCUGAAGUUUCGAAUUUCAAGAUGUUCUCGAUUGCAGCGAUCAAUGAUACAGAAUCAAGAGACCAGUGGGAGCCUUUGGCUCCGAGCAAAGAAGCUCAGGAAUUUCAUCUUUCUCAGACAUAUCAUGACGGCCUUCUCAAGCUUCAAGCGAAAGAGUAUGAAAAGGCUCGAGAGCUGUUAGAAUCCGUCCUCAAGGAUCCUCUUAUAGCCAAUGCUAAAGUCGAGACUACUACUGCCAGCGACAGUCAUCUACAUCAUCUCAGAUUUUUGUCCCUGAAAAACCUUGCUACUGUGUUCCUUGAGUUAGGUUCAGAUCAUUAUGAAAGUGCUCUGAACUGUUAUCUUCAAGCUAUAGAAAUAGAUGCAAAAGACUCUGUGCUGUGGAAUCAUCUUGGAACCUUAUCUUGCUCAAUGGGAUUGCUGAGCAUUUCACGUUGGGCAUUUGAACAGGGACUUCUCUGCAGUCCCAAUAACUGGAACUGCAUGGAGAAACUUCUGGAAGUCCUCAUUGCCAUUGGUGAUGAAGUUUCCUGUCUUUCAGUCGCAAAUUUGAUUUUGAGGAACUGGCCAUCUCAUUCUCGUGCUUUGCAUGUUAAACAUACUAUUGAAGAAACAGAUUCAGCUCCUUUUGCUCCCAAGGGAAUAGAUAAGCUUGAACCUAAGCAUGUUCGUUUGAAAUUUCUCGGCAAGAGAAAGGCAUCCGAAGUAAAUCAGGAUGAGGGCACUGCCAAAAAGCUGAAAGAAAGUGUAGAACUUGAACUUUCUGAAGCUUCAUGGGUGGCCCUAAUUAAUGCUCUACUUGGAAUACUACAUCCAUCUAGUGAAACUGUGGGCAGAUCAGCUGAUGUACCAGUAAGCAUUGAGUUUCCUUUUGCCACAGAAACUGCAAUGCAAGUUUUGGAGAAGAAGGGUCAUCCUUCGAAUUCAGAUUCUAGUACGAUGCAUAUCAGGGAUUCCAAUGCUGAGUGGGGAAAAGGUGGUACGUCUAAAGUAAAAGAGUCCGUGUUCUCAGAAGAACACCCACAGGAGAGGCGGAGUACUCGUCUCGAAAGGCUUAGAAACCAGAAACCUGAGAAGGAUGGACUAGAAUUUGACAGUAGUAAGGAUCAGGAUCCUGCCAGAGGCAUCCUUCAAUAUCUAAAGACCUUUGUCCGUGAAAAACAAGGAACCGUUGAUUCUGUUGGUUCUUCUGGUUAUUCCUGUCUCAGCCAAACUAGUCUGUUUUGCGAACACAACGAUGUUGCUUCUUUUGUGAGGGUAGCAUCAAAAAACUGUGGUGCUUACCAUAUUAGUCACUUGCUCCUAGAGUUUGUUGCUAGUAAAUGCAAAACUCUUGUGUCUCAUAAUGCCAUCAUCAAACUUUUGGAGUUGGAAAAGCUCACAAGGCAUUGGGGACGAGAUCGGAAACCAGAAUGCAGUCUUUUUCUUGCUGAGCUGGUGUAUGACCUCGGUUCUAUGCCUUCAGAUUGUCCUGAUCAGUCGUCACCCAUGAUAGAAGUAUCAUAUCAUCUCUGUAAGAUAAUUGAAUCUGUUGCUCUUGAUUAUACUAUUGACUCUACAUCAGUCUCUUGGGAGGAGAGUUUUUUGGACACUUCAUUGAAGAGUUCUCAGGGUGAUAAGACCACUGGGAAAGGGUUAGAUUCUGAUAUGAGAUCCUUCUGGGCUCGGUUCUUCUGGCUGAAUGCACAGUUAUCAAUCUCUGAGGGUAAUAAAGCUAAAGCUCUCAAUGAAUUGUUGAAUUGUUCUUCAUUGUUGGUAAAGGAAGGUGCUGAUGAAUUGCCUUUCCAAAUUCAUCUGCCUCAUUGCAGAAACAUUGGUCAGUUGAACAUCAAUCUGAUCGUACAUCAUAUAAAUUUGCUGAAGAUUGAUUUCCUGUUAGAGAAAACUAUAACUGAGAUGAUCGAGAAAGAAGCUUAUUCAGAGUGUGUAGAUUUACUUGCACCACUUCUGUUUUCAAGUAAAGUAAUGUCUCCUGCUCCUCUUGCUGUCCAUAAGGAUGAAGGGAUCUCCUCUGCUGAAUUAUCGGCUCUGGAUGUUCUAAUUAAAGCAUGCCAGAAGACUAAACCUAUGGACAUCGAGGUGUUUUUGAACUGUCACAGAAGAAAAUUGCAACUACUCUUGGAAAUUAGUGGCAUGGAUGAAUGUUUUGUGUCAUGCAAACCCUCGUAUAAAAGUUCAAUAGAAAACUCAAGUGAGAGGUGGAGUCACUUGGUGGCAGAGGAAAUCAAGGCAAUUUUGAUAUGUAUCUCUCAAGUAAAGAACUUCCUUGACCAGUCAAGAUCAAUAGGCUCUAAUGGAGUGGUUAUCCCGAAAAAUUGCAUAGCUGAUAUACAAUCUUCACUUUUGACAGUCAUGUCAAGUAUUGUGAGACAGUUCCUUGCUAAGAAAUGUUCUGAUUCUCAAAAUACUGACGCAACUGAAGAAAAUCAGAAAUCCUGUUUUCUGGAUGCAGCUAUUGUAUUCUGUAAACUUCAACACCUUGAUUCUACCACACCGACUAAAUCUCAGGUCGAGUUGAUCAUAGGAUUUCAUGACUUGCUUGCUGAGUAUGGGCUUUGCUGCGCUGGUGAAAAUGGCGAGGGUGAGCAAGGAGCUUUCCUCAGGUUUGCUAUUAAGGAUCUUUUUGCGAUGGAUGUCAAAGUUAAGCCCAAUAUUAGCUCUUCCGAUGGGCUUGGAAAUGAUUCUGCCUUACAUGACAAAUUAUCUGAAACUGAAUCAAAAUCACUGGUGAUGGAGAUAGAUAGUGAGAAAAAUGAAGAGGACGAGGCUGCAUCUAUUAGGGAGGAUGAUUCUGAAGGGAAAAUUGAUAGGAACGGAGAACAGCUAGAACAAGAAAGCAAACAGAUUCCAGAAAAUGGGAAAGAACUUUCGGAAGAAGAGAAGGAGGAACUUGAGUUGUUAAUUGAUAAUGCUUUAGAUCAAUGCUUUUUCUGCUUGUACGGUCUGAAUCUUAGAGUUGAUACCUCAUACGAAGACGAACUUGCCGUGCACAAAAACAGUAGUCGUGGAGAUUAUCAAACCAAGGAACAAUGUGCUGAUGUUUUUCAAUAUGUACUGCCGUAUGCCAAGGCUUCUUCUAGAACUGGACUGGUCAAACUCCGGAGAGUCUUGCGAGCAAUAAGGAAACAUUUUCAACAGCCACCUGACGAUAUCCUAGUUGGCAAUGUGAUAGACAAGUUCCUAGAUGACCCUAAGUUAUGUGAAGACAAGCUCUCAGAUGACGCUGGAUCUGAAGGUUUCCGAGGAAUCAUGACUAAAUUAAUUCUUCCUGGGGGAAGUCUCAAACAGUACAGGGCAACAUUGCUGCGAAGCUCUGGCUCAUAUAUGGAUGUCUACCGAAACUUGUAUUAUUUCUUAGCUCAGUCAGAGGAAAUAAGUGCUAGCGAUAAAUGGCCUGGUUUUGUGCUCACCAAAGAAGGAGAAGAAUUUGUCCAGCAGAACGCAAUUCUCAUCAAAUAUGAUCUACUCUAUAACCCUCUACGGUUUGAGAGCUGGGAAAAGCUUGCCAAUAUUUAUGACGAGGAAGUAGACUUGUUGCUAAAUGACGGGAGUAAGCACAUAAAUGUUACAGCAUGGAGGAAGAAUGCUGCUCUGUCCCAAAGGGUUGAAACAAGUAGAAGAAGAAGCAGACGUUGUUUGUUAAUGAGUCUAGCCUUGGCAAAGACACCUGAUCAGCAGGCUGAGAUACAUGAGCUGCUGGCAUUGGUAUACUAUGACAGCCUUCAGAGUGUUGUGCCCUUUUAUGACCAGCUGUCUGUUUUACCCUCCAAGGAUGCAAAUUGGGCAACAUUUUGUGAGAACUCAAUGAAACACUUCAAGAAAGCCUUUUCACAUAGGCAAGAUUGGUCACAUGCAUUCUACUUGGGGAAACUCAAUGAAAAGCUUGGUGAAUCAUAUGAGGUCUCAUUAUCAUGGUAUGACAAAGCUAUGGCCUUGAAUCCAUCAGCGGUGGACCCUGUGUAUAGAAUGCAUGCCUCUCGCCUGAAGCUUCUAAAUGCUUGUGGAAAACAAAACAUAGAAGCCUUAAAGGUUCUCGCUUCUUAUUGCUUUGAUGGAUCUAUAAAGGAUACCGCAAUGACGAUCAUUGGUACAAUGACUUCUGGUACUUCUCAUGUGUCGGAAGAAGCUCAAGAUAGGAACCUAGAAGCAAGUAAUGCUAAAAAAAGAGAGGGGUCAAUUCAGAUGGAAGGGGUGUGGCAUAUGCUUUACAACGAUAGCCUCUCUGCCUUAGGAAUCUGCGUAGAGGGGGAUCUUAAACAUUUUCACAAGGCAAGGUACAUGCUUGCCCAUGGGCUGUACAAAAGGGGAGGCAGUAGUGAUCUGCAGAGAGCAAAAGAAGAGCUUUCUUUUUGUUUCAAGUCAUCUCGUUCAAGUUUUACCAUCAACAUGUGGGAGAUUGAUGGCAUGGUGAAAAAAGGAAGGCGCAAAACUCUGGGUUUGGCGGGGAACAAGAAGGCUCUUGAAGUUAACCUCCCAGAAAGCUCACGGAAAUUCAUUACUUGCAUCCGCAAGUACUUAUUGUUCUAUUUGAAACUACUGGAAGAAACUGGAGACAUCAGCACAUUAGAGCGUGCGUACAAUUCUCUUCGAUCGGAUAAGAGGUUCUCGUUAUGCAUUGAAGAUCUUGUACCAGUUGCGAUAGGAAGAUACAUCAAUACACUGGUUUCCUCGAUGAGUCAAGGUGAGUCUGCUGGAUCCAAAUCCCACCCUGACAGUCAGUUGGAGAAGAUAUUUUCAUUGUUUCUAGAACAAGGAAGCAUAUGGCCAGAGAUUUGCAAUUUGCCUGAAACAAGAGGUCCGGAAAUGUCCGAGAGCAGCUUAAACGGAUAUCUCCACCGAUAUAUUGUAUCUCUUGUGCUAAAUAACAAGGUUGAGACCCUGGAAACAAUAAAUGAAAAGUUCCGAAAGCGUUUCAAGAACCCAAAGUUGUCACAUAGCAGCUCUGCUAAAGUUGGAAGGCAUGCUUCUCUUGCUUGGUGCCGAUCCCUGAUAAUAAGCUUGGCUUCGAUCUCUCCCUUACAGCACAUAUCCCCAGCAGAAACUCAAGCAAUAAACCCAUCAUAUGGUUUUCUGGAAAAUAGACGGAUACUUUGUGUAGACAUUCAGCCAGAAGAAUUGUGGAGUUGUUCAUUUGAGGAUUCCACACAGUCACUAAUGCUCGAGUCAAAAUGGCGCCCACUUUUGUCCAAGAUCAAGAACAUAAUAAUCUCCAAGAAAGCUUCAGACGAGAAUAUGGACAUUGCCAAUUCUUUACUUAGAAGUUGUUACAAUUUCUUCCGGGAAACCUCCGUGAUGACGCUUCCUUCUGGUGUCAACCUCUAUUUGGUACCACCUCAUUUAGUAACUGGAGGACAAAUACUUCCAGGCAUGGAAGGAGUGGAAGUUGUCGAUGUAAGCAUCCCAAGGAAGCUUCUUCUCUGGGCUUACACACUGUUCCAUGGCCAUUGUCCAAGCAUCUCUCAGGCCGUGAAAUAUAUGGAAGAAAAUGCCAAGCCAAAGAUGAAGAGAGGAGCUGCAGCUUCAUCAGCAAUUCCAUCUGCUAAUACGGGUACUCCGAGAGAAGGAACAAGCCAUCACGGUGGAAGCUGUGAACCACCCGAGCCAUCCCCCGCAAAGAGCGUGCAAGCGGCAGGGGUGGGGGAAGAGGGUAUUGGUGGCACAAACCAUCCGGCUUCAUCAUCGUCCAUGGAGAUCCAAAGGAGCCUCUCAGUGGCUCCUCAGCUUCAGCAUUGCAACAGUGUGGCUUCAGAGAAGAGAAAUGCUACUGAUCCUUAAGCUUUACCCUCACUUUUUAUCCUUUUUUUUUUGUUUUUGUAGCUUUUGUUCACGGAAAAGAAUUAGAGAAUGCGUUCGUAACAUGUCAUAGUUUUAAUCAUUAUAAGUUUAAAUUCUCACAUUUCUUUUGUUCUAAUCAUAUGAUGUCAUGAAAAAUUA